AUGGCAUCAAGCUACCCCGGCAGCAGCACGAAACUAACUCUCAGGGACGGGACAACAUACGCUUACGUCUGUAUUCCUCCCUCCAUUCCAAGGAAACCAACGUUCCUCUUGCUUCACGGGUUUCCAAGUUCAAGUUAUGAAUGGCGCCAUCAAAUUCCCCUCCUUUCUUUCCUGGGUUAUGGAGUCAUUGCUCCUGAUCUCCUUGGAUAUGGAAAUUCGGAUGCACCGGGUGAAUUGGAGGCAUAUGAGUUCAAAAGGAUGGCAAAUCAUCUGGCCGAGAUUCUGGCGUACGAGAAGUUGGAAAAGGUUAUUGGGGUAGGUCAUGACUGGUACGAAAUUUCAUUCCCUUGAACAGUAGGAAUGUAUGCUGAAAUCGAAACGAGGGGCUCUGGACUCCUGUCUCGCUUCAACACCUGGCACUCAGACAAAUUACUGGCAGCAGUUUGGGUAGCUACCGGUUAUGCAGAGCCUGGAACCGAACCAAUGGAUAUAGAUGCAAUAAACGCUUUCACUGCAGACAGAUUCGGCCACCCCGCGAUGGGAUACUGGAAGUUUUUCGACAAGCCUGAAGCUGGAAGGAUUCUCGAUGAGAAAGUGUGUUUUCCAGUUUUAAAUCCUCUUCAUUAUUCCUGACAUUUCUUUUACUUAGCCAGAGAGAAUCACAAGCAUAUUGUAUCCUCCAAGCCCAGAACUCUGGAAAGAGAAUUUAGGUCCUGUAGGAGCACUUGAAAAGUGGUUGAAUAGUGACAACAUCUUACCACCAUUGCCAGGCUGGCUGAGUGAUGAAGAAUUCAAGAAACACAACAAAAUCAUGAAAAUAAAGGGAUACCAUGGUCCAUGCAAUUGGUAAGAACGCAUUUUCACUUCCAAGCACACUCCCCUAACACGGCUAAUCUGAUUAUCUUAGGUAUAAAUCAGCGAUAGCCAAUAUCGAUGCUGUUCACCAUAUGGAUUUACCAGAGGAAAGAAAGUAUGUCACUGUACCUGCUUUACUGGUGGUGCCAACAGACGAUACAUUCUUUCCCUCUGAGAUAUUGAUGAUGGGAAGUCAGUGGUAUCGAAACUUGAGAGUUGAAGAGAUCAGUGCCGCACAUUGGGCUCAACUCGAGGCCCCAAACAAAUUGAAUGAACUUUUAACCUCCUUUACAAAAGGGUUGGAGAGUCCUUGCGUCUCGGACUGCGAAAUCUGA